AUCUAUGUUUGAUCUCUAUUUGAUAGAUAUGGGGAAAAGAAAGAAGGUGAACGACGAAGAAGAUAAUGGUGCUUGCUCCACGAAGUACUUCUUGUGGCCUGAGCAUCUCAAUAAGCCAUUUGCAGAUUGUAUCUUAGAGUGCUUCGAGAAGGGACUGAUAGUGUAUGACAUUUGUAAGAACGGUGUGUAUGGUCUGCUUGCGAGGAUGAUGGAAGCUAAGGUCCCGGGCUGUGGAGUGAAAGCCAAGCCUCAUGUAGAGGGUCUGAACAAGAAACCAUUCAUGGUUUAUGAUGCUCUGACACCGGUCUUCUGCAAAGGUCAUGCAAGUGGGGAUCAUGGGGUUGACAAUAAUCCGAUCUGUUUAGAUGAAACAUUAGGAAAAUAUGAGGGAACACCAAAUAUUGCAUUCGAAGAUGCAAAUGAGGGCUUUGGGAGGAAAUCAAUGUGAAAUUAGCUUAUGAAAAAAUACAGUCUGCAAGCAUCAGGGGCGAAGCCAGAGCAGCGGCCGGGGGGCCAUCCCCCCCCCCCCCCCCAAUCUGAAACAUAUGUAAAUACAGGUAUGUGCAAUAGUUAUUUGGAGGAAUGCUUAGAUUGUAGUGGCAAGGUCGCGGGUUUGAGUAUUCUAUUAGACCUUCACCCCUACACACUGCAGCUGCCUUCUUUUUGUUAUUUGGUUUUAAUUUUAUCCAACUAGCUUCAAGCCUGCCCGUUGGUCAGUAGGCCCUAUUGUUGAUUUUUUUUACUUUGAAUUGUUAUUUUAGUUUAUAAUAUAUUUGACGAUAUCCAUACGUUUUAUGAUUAUAACGACUAAUUUAGGAAGAGUAAGUAGAAGUAUAAGUUUAGACUCUCAAGAGUCCGAGAGUGCCUAAUUCAUCCUUUGCCUAAAUUGAACGAGAUCCUGGACUACGUAAGCCAAUAUGAACAUUCCCACCUAAUAAGCGUGAUGAGAUAAG